UGCAAGGGCUGAAAUUAACUGAAUUAUUAGUUAGCUCUCCUCCGUGUUCCGCUCUCACGUGAAAUUCCCUCAGCAUGUCAGUCGGCUUGGAGCUCAUAGGCAUCUCGCUGUGCAUAUUUGGAUGGAUUAUCGCCAUCGUGGCCUGCGCCCUCCCCAUGUGGAGGGUGACGGCCUUCAUCGGCAGCAACAUUGUGACGGCUCAGAUCAUCUGGGAGGGCCUGUGGAUGAAUUGCGUGGUCCAGAGCACAGGUCAGAUGCAGUGCAAGUUUUACGACUCCAUGCUCGCGCUCUCACAGGACCUGCAAGCUGCCCGUGCACUCACCGUCAUCUCCAUUCUCAUAGCCAUCUUGGCAGUGCUCAUCGCCAUCGCCGGAGCCAAGUGCACCAACUGCAUUGAGGACGAGGCAUCCAAGGCCAAGGUGAUGAUCAUCUCUGGGGUCUUCUUCAUUGUGUCUGGCGUCAUGCAGCUCAUUCCCACCUCCUGGUCAGCCAACACCAUAAUCAGAGAUUUCUACAACCCAUUACUGCCGGACGCUCAGAGGCGGGAGCUCGGGGCGUCUCUGUACAUCAGCUGGGCGGCAGCGGCGCUCCUGGUUCUUGGUGGCGGGCUCCUCUGUUGCUCCUGUCCGCCCCGUGAGACCAGGUACAACCCCUCACGGAUGGCGUACUCUGCGCCACGCUCCACAGGCGGCCCAGGGUUAGAGAGGAAAGACUACGUAUGAGCGACAGCCACAGACAAACAUCUGACAAUGUGCAC